AUGAGCUCUCCGUGCGUCGUACCUGUGUCUCCUGUGGCCGCGCUCAAGCGCGCUCGCAGCGCCGACGACGACCUGCGUCUCCUCAAGGUUAGCAAGCAGGCCAGCAAUACCUCGCCGCACUCUCCACGCGCCAUGGCCGCUGCCGUGUUGGCUCAGCGUCAGCAACAGAUUCUACAGCAUCAGAUGCAGCAGCAACAGACUCAACACCAGGAGGCCGUGUCGCCCUUCGUGCUAGCCUGCGGGAACAUUCGCUACGCCAUCACCUUCAUCCAGAACUCGCGCCGCCACGCACUGGCCCUGUGCCUGCAGAACCAGUGGGAGCGUGCGCUUACUGUCCUCGAGAAGAUCGAGCGUGCUAACGACAAGAUCUCACGCCAGCGCCGCACCAAGGUGCGCGAGCAGGCCAAUGCCAACCCCGACCGCAUUUUCGACGCGCAGGCCAUUCCGGCGCACCCGCCGCAAGUGCCCUCGCCCGUUAAGGCCCGCAAGCCCAAGCGCAGCGUGCGCUUCAGCGACGAUGUGCAAGUUGCUGAGGUUGAAAUGGUCGACCGUUCACCCGCCCCCAUGCCUAUGCUUAUGCGGGAUGAGAUCCUGGUGCUGCGUGCCUCACGCCCGAUCCCGCUCCGCAACUUCUCCGAGUUCUGGAGCGCCUCGUCCUAG